CGUAUGGGGCAUCAGCUGGCUGAUGUGGCAAACACGCGACGAAAAGCGUCAAACGAAAAGGGUUCCGUUAACUGCUACCAUUUCUGUGGAUACCUCCGUCAUUCCUAACGCCAGAGCGGCAGAACUGGCGGCAGAACAACCAGCAGCACAAGCGGCGGAGGGAAAUGAGGGUCUAGGUGAGGAACCGCGGCAGUUAGACGUGUUUUCCAAGGUUCAAGCCGCGUGGACAGGAUCCGUGUCUGCUAUUGCUGCUGAUGACGUGGCGUCGGCCUCGUCUAUUCUGUUCGGUCCUGACGCCGUGACGCUCAUGGCUCCUGGCGCUGACAGCGUGACUCUCGCGACGGGGAAGGAGAAAAUCAACCUGCUCAAUGAGUUCAAGGCGUCGCAUGUAUCGUUAUCUGUGACCGUCGGCGAAAUCGCGGUGCUCCAAGACGGCGACUCUAAGCUGAACUCAGGCUUACAAUCGUACUCUGCUCUAGUCCGAUCAAACUACACCAUCGCUAAUGCCCAAGGUGUUCAGGUGGAGCAGGGAAAAAGAAUGGAGCUAUGGCGGCCGAGUGCUGCUAACGGGCGAGAUUGGCACCUGUCUUGGUCGAUGUGGAAUGAUGACGGCAUGUGCUUAGCACGAGGGAAGUAAUAGUGGGCGAAGCUAACAACAAAGUGUAUUCGAAUAU